CACGCGUGUCUUUACACCAGCGGCCGUAUGGCCCGCCGUGUGGCGCCCUGUGGAGUUAGCUUUUGAAUAAGCAUGGUACUCAGAUAUCGAUAAGAGUGACACCAAGCUACACACUUCAAUCCGUUCACUAUAAACGCAUGAACAUACCUUGUGCAAAGAGUCUUGGACGAGUUGCUUUACAUGCCUCCUGUUCGUAAUCAUGUCGCUUCUUCAGAUACUCCGUAUCAUUGCACUGGCUGUAGCUUGCUACGUUACAAGAUGCAGUUGUUACCAACUGGCUGACUCUUACAACAACAAGUUACGUCCAAAUGUCGGAGGUCCACCAGUAGAGGUAAGAGUAGGUCUGUACAUCGAGAGUCUCGGUGCGAUUAAAGAGAGCACUAUGGAUUUUCGUUUGACAAUGUACUUCCGAGAGAAAUGGAACGAUCCUCGCCUUGCCUUCAAUAAGACCUAUGAAAGGAUAUAUGGGGCUGACGCGGGCAACAUCUUUUGGACCCCUGACCUAUUCUUCCUUUAUGAGAAGAGUGGACAUCGACAUGAUUUAACUGUUCCUAACAUAGUAACGACAAUACAGCCAGAUGGAACUGUUUUUCGAAGUUCAAGGAUCAGUUUAACUUCCGCUUGCUACAUGGACCUACAGCGUUUUCCAUUCGAUCGCCAGAGAUGUUCACUAAACAUUAUGAGCUACAGUCUUUCGACAAAACAUAUGAAGCUAGUAACUAAUGAUGAUGAUGUUGAAACCGAAGAAAAGCUGAUUAUUCCUAGUUUCGUUUUGAAAUCCAUUCGAACCACCAAUGAGGACUUAGUGUAUUCAACGGCAGGUAAUUUUAGUCUGGUGAAGGUCAUCUUCACUUUUCAGCGACAAAUGCAAUCUUUCCUGCUGACUGUGUACAUCCCUAGCAUACUUCUAGUUACCGUAGCUUGGCUUUCAUUCUGUAUCGACGCCCAAGCAGCUCCUGCCAGAGUCUCUCUUGGUAUAACAACUGUACUCACCAUCACUACAAUGACUUCUGGGAUACAGGAAUCACUUCCUGUAGUUACUUACGCCAAGGCUAUUGAUGUCUGGCUGGCAGCUUGUCUUAUAUUUGUCUUCACGGCCUUGAUAGAAUACGCCCUGGCUAAUUAUCUCCUAAUUCUAAACAAAAAACGUAAAGAAGCCAUUGAAGCAGCCGAAGCAUCUCGUAAAUCCUCUACAACGUCUCGUGAUAGUCCACCGAUCAAACAUGGAUUAAGCGAUGAACAGCUUAGUAGGUACCGUACGCAGUAUGCCGUUCCACCCAAGGGACAAUCGACAACUAAUGGUAGUGAUGAAGAAACCCAAACUGCUCAGAUCGUCGUCACACCGUGGACAGCUGACAGAGUAGAUUGUUUGGCUAGACACAUUUAUCCAGCCGCCUUUACCCUGUUCAACCUAAUUUAUUGGCCCGUCUGUAUUUGGAUGACACCCGAUUACACUGAUCAGUAAAAGAUUACAUAUUCUACUAGAUAAAGUGUGCAUUUUCUUGUUCCUCCUCCUUUUCAAAUUUCUAAGAAAGAAAUCUUUAUAAAAUAAAGUAAAAAUACGAGAUCCAUCACUCAUUCACGUCUUUUUAUAUUAAAAAUUGAAAUCUCCACAGAUUUUACUGUGUCGUAGUAAUGCAUUGUCAUCCCGGAACUUAAUUUUUAAAAGUAAUCCGACAAGCUCGCUCAUAUUUUG